GUACUCGGGCGAGAGAACUGUUCUUCCACUUUUUGUUUGCCACUGCGCGCACAAGAACACUCGUUAACACUGCUAUAAUUUCAGAAAGUGGAGGAGCACUUGAUUUCAAGCAGGACAUCAUCAUUAAUUCCCUCCGUUUGCAUAUCUGAAAUAUCGCACCCGAAGAUGAUUUUCGACAAAUUGAAAAAGUUUUACGUCCUCUUCGACUCCCCAGAAAUCGACACCCCUCCCGUGUUCAGCAGCGGGGAUGUGGUGUCCGGGAAAGUGGUCUUGGAUCUUUCGGGGCAGAGCAAAGUGGAGUCGUUGAAGUUGCACGCCGAAGGUUUCGCUAAAGUGCAUUGGACUGAGUCUCGGAGCGCCGGUGCGAGCACUGCCUACACUCAGAACUACAGCGACGAAGUGGAAUACCUCAACCGGAGGGAGACGCUCCUGCAAGCAGAUAAUGGUGAAAUGACGGUUCUAUCCGCUGGAAGGCACGAGUUUCCCUUCAGCUUUCAGCUGCCUGAAGAGACCCUGGUGACCUCAUUCGAAGGAAAGCACGGCAGCAUUCGCUACUGGGUAAAAGUGAAGCUCCACCGGCCUUGGACCACGGUCAGAAAGAUCAAGAAGGAGUUCACGGUCAUCGAGCCCAUCGACAUCAACACACCGGCCCUGCUGGCUCCCCAAGCUGGCACAAAGGACAAGAUGGCGAGAGUGUGGUACCGCAAUUUCGGGCAGGUGUCCGUGACUGCUAAGAUCGACCGGCAGGGGUACACGCCAGGCGAGGUGAUCCCCGUGUUCGCGGAGUUCGACAAUGCCACCUCCCGCUCCGUUGUGCCCAAGGCCUUCAUCACACAGACCCAGACCUUCAUCGCCCGCGGCACCAUGAAGCAGAAGCACGCCGUGGUGGCCACGCUGUCCGGGGACGCCGUGGGGGGCCGGCGCAGGGAGACCUGGCACGGGCGCGCCAUCAAGAUCCCCCCCGUCGGGCCCUCGGUCCUGCACUGCCGCAUCAUCAAAGUGGAGUACAUGCUCAAGGUGUGCGUUGACGUUCCCGGGACGUCCAAGCUGUGUCUGGAGCUUCCCCUGGUCAUGGGCACCAUCCCCCUCCAUCCCUUCGGCAGCCGCACCUCCAGUGUCAGCAGCCAGUACAGCGUCAACCUGGAGUGGCUCCGCAUGGCCAUCCCGGAGCAGCCUGAGCCUCCUCCGGACUACAACAGCAUCAUCACGGAGGAGGAGGCCGAGCAGAACAUGACCCCUCCCCAGGCGGAGGAGGACCUGAGCGGGGUGCUCGAGCGCCCCUUCUUCACCUACGUCCAGGAGUUCCGCUUCCGGCCCCCUCCGGUGUACUGCGAGGUGGACCCGCAUCCUCAGCCCCUCCACAUGAGACCGCGCUGCAUGACGUGUUGAACAAGAGAGCUGCAAGCGAUGACCUGACAAGAAAUUAGUAAAAAAAAACUAAGAGAUUUAGUUUUUUUUUCUCCUGGUUCUCUCUCCAAAAAACCCUGGGAACUGAUCUCGGGGAAAUUGCCCCAGCUUUGGGUCCGACGGAGAGCCACGGGGACGGGAGCACGAGAGUGGACGGGACCCGAGUGUGGGAAGUUCCUUUCCUCGAACGGAAAUAUACGAACAUUUUCACGAAUAUACGAAUACAGACUUUCCCCCCUCAUCCUGUCUUCCUCAGAGACGGGGGCUCCAGUCGAGCCCUCCGUGCUGCGUUUUUACCCCACCGGUGGUGUGUGCGUGGGGGGGGGGCGGGCAGGGAACGGUCAUUUUAUAGGUGGAGGUGGAGAAAAUGCUUUUAAAAAUAGAAAAAACCUGUGGCCUUUAAUACUUCUUUUUUCUGCAGAUGAACCAGUUGCCUGUCCAAGGAGCCACAUGCUGUAUAGGGUUUACAAAAAGAUUAUCAUCCCCUCCACCUUAUCCCCUCAGCCUAAAAGUGCCUAAACCUGCAUUCUUUUUUUUUUUUUUUUUUUUUAACCAAAAAUGUCUGAUUGUCACCCCUGUGAAAGUUUCAACAGUGGGUUAUGCAAGCAAACAAAACCAAGAAUGGGUCACAUAUCUAAGUGAUGUGAUUUUGAUUAGAGGCAGAGGUGGCAAAGACGGUCUAAUCAGGAGGUAGGCUACGUAGGGGAAAAUGAGAGCAAGGGAAAGUCUAGAAAAGCUUAAUCUGAAAACGAGUGCACAGCACUGCAUGAGAUAUGCUGAGAUGGGCUGAGAAGCGUCUGGCGAAGGGAGAGGCUGACUGUAAAGAAACUCGUGUUUGUAAAGCAUGACGAUGAAAAGAGAAGUUGAGCACGUGUUGAAAUCUUAUUCUCGUGCAUCGACUUUUAACACAGUGAGGACAAUAUGCUGUAAUGGCCCCACGCUCCACACGUUCCUCAGUGAAAAAGGGGAACCAAGAUGUUCUGAUGUUCUGAUGUUCUGCUUGGGCUUGCCAAAGAUUCUAGCUUUUAUAAAUCACUGUUUACACUUCUUGGCAGUGGAGCGGAUAAGAACUGUAGUAGUUGCGGCGGAAAAUGCCAAAGCGAAGCUACCUUUUUUUCGGAGCGCCCAAAGUGGGAAUGUCCGAGCCAUGUUACUGGUGCACUUGAUUUGAUACAGGUGCCUUAUAAAUGUGUGGUUUGACUAGUACAGGAUAAUCAAUGGUACACAAAGCUAUAACUUGAUGAUGAUGAUGCCACUGAAGUAUAAUGCUAUACAUUCCAAAACGUUGAGGCGCCUGGUCCUCUUCACCACAUCGUUAAGUUACUCACCUGUUGUGAUGGUGCAUGGCAUUCAUCUUGAACUGAAUGUAUUUUAUAUUCUUGUUAUGCUGAAUUUUUCUUUUUUUGAACUUACCAAAGAUUUGUACUUUUAUAAUUUUCUAAAUAAACCAUAUAAAACGA